AUGAAAGGUAACUGGCUUUUGGUUUGUAGUGUCAUCUUGUUGGCACACACAGCUCAUGGCUGCCCUGACAAAUGCCUCUGCUACACAGCCUCAAAGACUGCAGACUGCAAGAACAGAGGAUUUACUGAAAUUCCUGCCCGUUUACCUCCUGAAAUUCAGAUACUGCAGCCGGACUUGUCAUCCAACAGCAUUGUUCGAUUGCCUGAGACAUUUGGAAACAGCACAGGGAAUAUAACAUUGCUCUCUCUGAAGCAUAACAAACUUCAGAAAAUGGAAAGAAUUCUGCUGGAGUCGCUUCCAAACCUGAAAGUGGUUCUCUUCAAAGAUAAUCCCUGGCAAUGCAAUUGCAAUAUCUUUGGCAUGAAACUGUGGCUGGAGAGCUUUCUAUACAGAGGAGGAAUAAGCGACGGCAUUAUCUGUUCAGCGCCAGGGAUUCGGAAGGGGAAGGACCUCCUCAAAGUUCCCUACGAGCUCUUUGGGGCUUGUCCUCUGAGGACAGCUCAGGUGCACCUGGCCAGCAGCCACCACCACAGCUUGGAGCACCGGAGCCCGCUGAAGCACGGCCACCCCGGCGAGCUCGGGGACAGCGGCCGCGCCAGCUGCGAGCCCAAGGCCAAGGCCAGGCCGGUCAGCCUGCGCCACGCCAUCGCCACCGUGGUCAUCACCGGCGUGGUGUGCGGCAUCGUGUGCCUGAUGAUGCUGGCAGCUGCUGUCUAUGGCUGUGCUUAUGCUGCAAUCACCGCCAAAUACCACAAAGAACAUUUGGCCCCGGCCAAGCAGCACGGGACCCCCAAGGGAAAGGAGCCGUUUGAGAGCUCCUUGGCCUGA